AGCGGCUGUCAAUUGAGCCGAGUUGAUUUGAUAAGCAUGACUAGUGUGUCGGGUCUGGUGGUCGUUGGGCUGAUGCUUUUGGUGUAUGUCGCAGCGGAGGAGAAGAGCUACAGCCUGGAGCUGAACUCCUUCGAUAAGAACACAAAGAUCGAGAACGACGACUCCUGGGUCGAUUGGGGCACGCUGCGCAUGAAGAAGGUGAGCCGCAACCAGUACACCUUGGACGGCGAGUUCGAGUUCAAGAGGAACAUAGGCGAUGAGCAGAAGCUAUCGCUGCAAGUGUUCUCCUACGAUGAGGGCGCCAAGCAAAAGGGUCCCAUGGUCAUGAAUGUGAACAAGCCGUUCUGUGAGUUCGUCAACGAGGACGUGGACACGUAUCCCAAUCUGCAGAAGAAGUCCAAUAUGCCCGAGCAGGGCGACUGUCCGUUCCCCAAGGGCAAGUACACCAUCGAUAACUACGAGCUGGAAACAACAUUCCUGCCGGACGAUGCACCCAAAGGGGACUAUCUGUUGGAGCUCACCUUGCUGGACAAUGAGGCUAGCCUCUCGGGUCUGGUAGCAUCCGUCACUCUAACCUAAUGACGAUGACAUCUUAAUAUUUGCUCCUACUUUUUUGUUUGUUUAUUUUCUAAUGUUCUAUAUUCCUUGUUUUGGGUGGAUCCAUAGAGCACUGCAAGCGUUUUACACAUAUGCCUACUUUCUGCUGUAGCUUUAAGCUUUGUUUCAUUUCUUUCUAUUCGUGUGUCAAAUAUUAAAUGCUUCGCUUUCAAGGACCUAGA